AGAUACAUUUUUGCUGUGUUGGUGUCGCAUAAUGAAUACGUAGGAGGAAAUAUCUGUUUUGCAUUCUUUCUAACGUCUUUGCACUCCUAAAUGACAAACUUGGUAGCUAACUACGUGUUUAUUUGAAGUGAAAAUGAGAGCAACAUACAAAACCUUUUUCGUAUUUUAUGUCUUGAUAUCGAAUGUUUUUGUGAACGCGUUCGAACCAAUCUCAACCACAUUUGUCGGUUUGGGAUUUACAGCAGUCGGGCGGAAAAUGUACAAUUAUGUAUAUGGUGAAAGUUGCGAUUCAAAAUGGAUUACUUUUAAUUCAACAGGUUUGGAAGUGGCUCUAGAUCAGAAACUGUUUGGUCAACAUGUUGCCUCCAGAGUCAUCCAGAAAUCUGUAACAGGUUUCAUGAACAAUAAAAACCCUAGAAAGCCCCUGGUGCUCUCUCUACAUGGCUGGACUGGCACAGGGAAGGGCUUAGUCUGGAAGUUGAUGGCUGAAAACAUCUACAAGAAGGGCAUGGCCAGCAGUUUCGUCCAUCAGUUUGUGGCUUCUACUCACUUCCAUCAUCCGAGUCAGCUUGAGAACUACAAGUCUGAACUGCAACAGUGGGUAAAAGGCAAUGUCACCAACUGCCCACGUUCCAUGUUCAUCUUUGACGAGAUGGACAAGAUGCACCCUGGCCUGAUCGACUGUAUAAAGCCCUACCUGGAAUACUAUGAAAAUCUGGAUGGGGUCACGUACCGCCAAGCCAUCUUCAUCUUCCUCAGCAAUGCUGGAGGGGAGAAAAUCACGCAGGUGGCCCUGGACUUCUGGAAAGCAGGUCGAGACCGAGAGGAGAUGAAAUUGCAUGACUUAGAACCAGCUCUCUCCCUGUCCGUGUUCAACAACAAGAAAAGUGGGUUGUGGCACUCUAGUCUGAUAGACAAGAACCUAGUUGACUUCUUUGUCCCCUUCCUGCCUCUGGAGUACAGACACGUGCUGCUGUGUGGCAUGGCAGAGAUGUCCGCCAAGGGCCUGGAGCCCAACCAGGAUGUGGUCGACCAGAUGGCCAGAGAGAUGGUCUAUUUCCCAAAUAGCGAGAAGAUCUUCUCCGUCAAGGGCUGCAAGACCAUCAACGGAAGGCUAGAUUACUUCAUAGUGCAUGUUUGAGGCCAACUACGUUGCUGCCGGCGGCUGCAGACUGACUUAUCUAAUCAUAAUGAGUAGUAAUUUAGGAUGAAAAGUGGUUUAUAGGUCUGAUCAGUCGUUCUGCAUUUGCUGACGGUAAUGUAGACGAUCUCCGAGGGAACAGCUACUGUAUCUAUCUACCUCCUACUCUACUGUGUGCACUUUCUUUUUUAAAUGUAAAAAAAAAAAAUGUUUCCCCUUUUUAGUAGCUACUAUCUUGUCUCAUCACUACAACUCCCGUACGGGCUCGGGAGAGACGAAGUUUGAAAGUCAUGCGUCCUCCGAUAUACAACCCAACCAAACCGCACUUUUUCUUAACACAGCGCGCAUCCAACCCGGAAGCCAGCCGCACCAAUGUGUCGGAAGAAACACAGUGCACCUGGCAACCUUGGUUAGCGCGCACUGCGCCCGGCCCGCCACAGGAGUCGCUGGUGCAAGAUGAGACACGGAUAUCCCUACCGGCCAAACCCUCCCUAACCUGGACGACGCAAGGCCAAUUGUGCGUCGCCCCACGGACCUCCCGGUCGCGGCUGGUUACAACAGAGCCUGGGCACGAACCCAGAGUCUCUGAUGGCACAGCUGGCGCUGCAGUACAGCGCCCUUAACCACUGCGCCACCUGGGAGGCCCUGUGUGCACUUUCUUAAUGAGAACAUCUCCGCCAGUCGGAGUGAGGAAGUCAGUGACUGAUGAUGACCCGCCCCUCAGACCUCCCACUGUCAACAACCAUGUCGAGAACAUCAACGGCCUUGUUCUUGUAGUGUCACUUCUCCCUGAAGAUGGAUUACCGAGAGAGAGGAUGCCAGAUUUAAGAAGAGAUAUAAAAUUAAAACACUGAGGGGAAACGCUAUUAUUUUUAACCAAUCAAGGUGCUUGUUUCUGAUUUCAAUUUUUUUUGUAAAUGAUUACCUCCAAAUAAUGAUUUUCUUUUUCAUGGAAUUCUGCUGCACAUGAACUGUGGCAAGUGAAAAUUAGUUGUGUAUUAGAAACAAAUGUGGUUUAAAGUUACAAUCUCUAGUACUGUAGAAAGGGCCCAUGGUGGAAGAAUCCUUUAAUUCAUGGCCACUUACUCAGCUUGGCCAGGAGCGCUUUAAUUAGGUCAGGUGGAAAUGUCCGACAGAUCUCAACUCCAUAAAAGGAGGAAAUCUCCGAUCUGACUGCUUUCUCUUCCUUAACUCCGUCUAAUCCAGAAGUUCUGUGUAUCCAUGAAUCCACGUAAGUCCACCAAAUCUGUUACCUUUCAUCUGAACUUUUCAUCUGAACUUUUCAUCUGAACUUUUCAUCUGAACUUUUCAUCUGAACCUUUCAUCUGAACUUUUCAUCUGAACCUUUCAUCUGAACUUUUCAUCUGAACCUUUCAUCUGAACCUUUCAUCUGAACUUUUCAUCUGAACCUUUCAUCUGAACUAUCUGUUGCGAUCGGGAGAGUGGGCCAUAAGUUAUUGUUUAUAGUUAUUACCGCAGAGCGCAGCUUGGAGAGCACGCUUCAAACCUAUUGUUUAAUGUGAAUGGUCAAUGAUCACAGCCCUACGGAUCAUCACAGGCCAAUUAUGCCAUCGAUAUAUGGUUAAUAUGUCGUGAAAUUACAUGUACAUAUGAAGACACUUGAAAGGGUGAAAUAUGAAACGUCAUCGUUUGCUGAACUGAUCGAUUCUGAUAUCAAACUAAUGGGGAUUAUAGAUUGAAUAACCGAUCACUGUUUGUAUUAUUCUUCUCAUGAUUAUGAUUAAUAGUUACGAGCAUAAAUGACUCAAGGAUGAUUCCUAUUGACUUCUUAAUGAACUGAUUUGUUGAAUUCCCAAAUUUGAAUUAAUGAAUGAUUGUUAAUGAUUUAAUAUUUCUGAUUAUGAAUUUGAUUGUAUACAUGUUAUCAAUUUGAUUGGAUACAUGUUAUUCUGUUUCCUUGGUUAUGCAGCAGACUACCCAGUAAAUAUACCACUUUAUGGUUAAAGGAAUUCCUGCCUCAGUCUCAUUCAUUCCUCCCCACACAGAUUCCACUAAUCUUUCCUUCGAGCAGGAUCAUGACUGAGCUAAAGACAGGUGAAAUGGAGGGAGAGAAGGAAGAAUUGUCUCCACUGGAAGAAAGGAGAGAGGAAGAAAGAGCAGCUGAGGAAAAGGUCUUGGAACAAAUAAAAGAUCCAGGAACUAAGCCUAAAGCAACAAGGAAGGCUUCAUCCUCAACCACCAGAAGAACCAGACAAGCACCUGGUUAUCUUUAUUAUGUGUUUUCCACAUCAAAGGGAAAGCCCACCAGAGCUCAGUGGUGACGGAUCAACUGUACGUUUCAGCCAUCAACCAUCCCCGGAGAGCCAAGGACCGGAAACUGCUUUGGGACGGGAAAGUGGUCUACAGGAAGAACCUAUGGAGGAGGUAACUCCCACCGCACAGGUCGACCAGCUUCCUGAGGCAGGCUCCGCUCACCCCUUAACUAAUGGGAAAUUGUCGAGGCACUCUAGACGGGAGUGAGAGUUCGACCAGUGGAUACCCCUUUCGAAGUGGCCAUGGCAGCCGCCAUUCACUAGCCCUCAGCGAUUCACAGACCGCUGUCCUACUAGCGUUCGAGGAAAGCGAGCGUCAGAUUGAGGUGGAACGACAGGCUGACGAACAAUGUCACCUAUUGGAUGUGCAGGCCCGUAGAGCUCUACCGGAACGGGAAUUCAUUGCCAAGGACCUGACACAGCAGUGACAGCACCGUCAAGCAAGAAGGGAAUUUGAGGAGGCACGGAUGGUCUCAUCCUUCCUGGAGAGGAACGAACAGGGAGUUGACCUGACCACCCCUCCACAUGGACCUAACCUGUCUGGGAUACUAGGGCCGGACAAAUGUCACCACUCUCUAAACGACAGAGGACUCGCAGUCCAUGAGAUCAAUGUGAUGGUUAUAUUCUUCAAGAAUCAAUGGGUACAUAUCGUUAAUUGAAAAAGAUUUGGACAGCUGUAAGUAUUGCAGGUUUCCCCUUUAAUUGUCAUUGAAAAUGUAUCACCUGAAAUAUUGUCCACUGGAUUCCCAUUGUGUAUUUUAUAUCUGUUGUCAAUACCCAGUUUACCAAUACCUAAACAUGGAAAAAUAUGCCUUGACUUGCAUCUAUUUUGCAUUUGUUUUUAAUCGUUUCAUUCACCAGAAGCAUUGUGUACAUUUUUCAAAAUCUGCUGUAAGUUUAUCUUUGGGGGUAGUCAUGACUGGCCUGUGAGGAUCAGCUCUAUAGAGAUAUCCCUCACUCCAGCAGAGGGGAAGAGGUGUGUGUCUGGGGGGGUUUAUGACCCCUCACGCCCGUUGUAUAUUAUAAGGCAGCAGACCAACUCCGUUCUGGUCUCUGAGAUAUCGUAAUGUCUUUGUCCCUUAUGGAGUAUCUACCUCAGAACUGUCACAUGCAAUAAAUGGACUUUGGGACAUUAUAUUUCAUAAACAUAAACAUAAAAUGAGGGCAGUUGGCCUAUGAAAAUGAAUGUCAAUUUUGUCAUGUAAUUAAAAGUUAAAUGAGGACGUUAUGA